AUGGGCAGCAGGCCCUUAAAGCCAUCGUCGAUGAACGCGGCGCGGUGGAGAGGCGAGGGGAGGAGGAAGGAGGGGAAAAAGCGGAAAUGGCCGGUUCGGAUAUCCUUGGAGAGUAGAGGGAACGAGGUAGGGGACGAUGGUGAUGGUGAUGGUGAUGGUGAUGGUGAUGGUGAUGGUGAUGGUGAUGGUGAUGGUGAUGGUGAUGGUGAUGGUGACGGUGGUGGUGAUGGUGGUCAUGGUGAUGGUGAUGGUGAUGGUUAUGGUGAUGGUGGUGGUGAUGGUGAUGGUGAUGGUGAUGGUGAUGGUGAUGGUGAUGGUGAUGGUGGUGGUGAUGGGUAUGAGUAUGGGGGAGAUAAUGGCGAUGGUGGAAUAACAUACUGA